AACAAUAUUCUACCAAAUCGCAGUGCUGGGGGCUCUUUUUUGCUUACUGGCACACGAAACGGGACACUCGUUAAGCGGUGGCUUGUUUCGUCCCUGGAUCCUGUCCUGCUUUCCAUAGCGGGUCUUCCGGUCUAUUGCGAUCUCCAUCUGGUGACGAAUACGGAGGAACCUACCACCCUGAGCAGGAUGGAUAUUACCUAUUUGGCGACCCUGCCAGGAUCUUGUUCAUAAUUCCGUCUUCCGGUCUAUUGCGACCUCCAUCUGUUGACGAAUACGAAGGAACCUACCACUCUGCGCAGGACGGAUAUUACAACACCGUGUUCGCGAUGGCUCCUCCCGACUACAAAGUUGCUGAUAUUUCGCUCGCCGAUUGGGGUCGUAAGGCAAUCGACAUUGCGGAAAACGAAAUGCCUGGGCUUAUGAUGUUGCGCAAAAUGUACGGGGGUUCGAAACCUCUCAAGGGUGCUAGAAUCGCGGGCUGUUUGCAUAUGACCAUUCAGACAGCUGUGCUGAUCGAAACUCUCUUGGAACUCGGCGCAUCUGUUCGCUGGUCUUCGUGCAACAUAUUUAGCACCCAAGACCACGCCGCAGCGGCUAUGGCCAAAGCAGGUAUUCCUGUUUUUGCUUGGAAAGGAGAAACAGAUGAAGAGUAUGUUUGGUGCAUAGAGCAAACCCUUGUCUUCUCAGAUGGGCAGCCUCUUAAUCUAAUUCUUGAUGACGGGGGAGACCUUACGAAUUUGGUUCAUACAAAAUUUCCGCACUACCUUGCUGGUGUUAAAGGAAUUUCUGAGGAGACGACCACUGGUGUACAUAACUUGUACAGAAUGUUUCGCAACAACAAACUUCUUUGUCCUGCGAUUAAUGUUAAUGACUCCGUAACAAAGAGUAAAUUUGACAACUUAUAUGGCUGUCGGGAGUCACUUGUUGAUGGCUUAAAGCGUGCGACUGACAUUAUGCUUGCCGGAAAAGUCGCCCUUGUUGCUGGCUAUGGAGAUGUCGGUAAAGGUUGUUGUCAGUCUCUCCGGGCCUAUGGCGCUCGAGUUUUGGUCUCCGAGAUUGAUCCUAUCAACGCUUUACAGGCUGCUAUGGAGGGAUUCGAGGUGACAACCGUAGAUGAAGCUGUGAAGACGGCGCGUAUCUUCGUGAGCGCCACCGGCUGUCGGGACAUACUUACCGGUGCCCAUUUCGAGCACAUGAUGGAGGAUUCGAUUGUCUGCAACAUCGGCCAUUUUGACACCGAGGUGGAUGUCAAGUGGUUGAACACGAACUGUGCGAAGAAAGAACAGAUCAAACCCCAGGUCGAUCGUUACACACUGAAGAACGGAAGACACAUCAUUGUGCUUGCCGAGGGCCGACUUGUGAAUCUCGGUUGUGCUCACGGACAUCCAAGCUUCGUGAUGUCGAACUCUUUCACGAAUCAGGUGUUGGCUCAAAUUGAGUUAUGGACUAAUCCCCAGGCGUACGGUGCUGGUGUUCACUUUCUACCGAAAAAGUUGGAUGAGCAAGUUGCCGCUGCGCACCUGGAACAUUUGGGUGUGAAGCUAACCAAGCUAACUCCCGUUCAAGCCGAAUACUUAGGUGUUCCGAUAGACGGACCUUUCAAGGCGGACCAUUAUCGCUACUAGGUUGUGUUUCUCCUCUUGCCAUCACCACUGUUGGUGUGAAUCGGCUAGAUAUGUCUUUGUAUAAACAUCCACGCUCCCGCCGUUUGCUCUGCCUUGUUGCAUCGCAAUUACCCAUCAUGCUUUUUGUAAAAUGAUUUCACUCCGUCGUGAUGUUCACACUCGGUUCGAUCACAUCACGAGCUCUCUGUGCACAGGUAUCGAUUUGCGCUCCACCUUUUAUCCGAUGCUAUUAUCCUUGUAUUUUAAUUAGUACCGUAUUUUCAAGUGCGUUAGAGACACAAGUCCGCUCUUAUGCUUGAUCAGCACCGAGAUUGAUGCCUAUAUUAGCAUUUGCUCUUUAUUGUAUUUCGGAUCCCUCUGCUUGCCGAUCGAUUUCUGCCUCUGUGUGUAUUCUCUGUACGUGACCUGCAGUUGAUUAUUUUUGUCAAUACACAUUUCUUAAUACCCUA